AUGAAUCGGACGAGUAAUGCAGCCACUGUAACACUCACGGCUAGCGCUUCGGCCAUCGUACUGCCCGCUGUCACCAUGACAGGAAACAGCUCGACCACAACUGUCUAUUCGAACAACACCAUCGUAAUUACACGGGAUCGGUCGACAACUCGUGCUCCGACUAGCACCUCAUAUACCACUGUCAUCUCAACGACCACGAUCUGCGGCAACUCGACUGCUGCUUUGAACGUGACUGCUGCUUCGAACAUGACCGCUGCUUCGAACGUGACCGAUAAUGUCAGGCGUCAUUUUGGAGGCUGGGGAGGAAAGCCACACUGGCAUCCGGACUUUCAUAAUGGUCCCGACCCUGACUGGGAACACCCGAAGGAUCUUCCUCCAGCACUCGAAGGAGCCGCUGUAUCUGCAAUCUCGUCCGGCUGCAGCUGCAUGAGCCUGGAGCCGGAGACAUCUACAAUUACGACUUAUACAACGAUGUCAUCCAAUUACACCCGACUAGACUUGGUAACCGCUUCAGCCACCAUCCAGCCAUAUCGUACUUCCGUCAACACGACAACCAUUCGUCCUGUGGUAACGCGGACAGUCACAGCUACUCGAACUGUCCAGUCCUUGGUUACGGAGACCCCGAUUGUCACCUCCACUAUCCUUGAAACGACUACAGUAUUGAUCGGGCAACAGUUUGGAGCACCAACUGUUGUGCUCGCAAGGCCAACUGCCAUCACAGGAGUGGACAGCGACGGUCUAGCCACAAAAGACUUUGACGACGAGCGUUACCCCAUUGAGCUUCCUUUCAAGCUUGAGGCCUAUGGUAUACGAAGCAGUCGUGUAAUGGUCUCCGUCAAUGGCUGGAUAGCACUCAGUAGGGAUAGUGGAUCGGUCGACCACUACUCGUUCGUGAAUGCUCAGCUGCCACGAAUGAAUACGGAUGACGAUUAUGGUCUUCCCGACACCGCCUUUUUGCCUUACUGGAACGACCUUUUCGUGGCACAGGGCACAGCACAAGGCCUCUACUACGAGAUUGGAGGUGAAGCGCCAAACAGGAAUGUUUCUUUCGAAUGGUAUACGAGUCUGUACUCGCAGCCCCUCGGCUACUACCACUUCAUCGCCACGUUCCAGGAAGCUAAAGCCGGGGCUGUGGUCUACACUUAUUAUCAGGCGAAUGGUGAAGUGCCAUCGAACACGCAAAGAUAUGGCACUAUUGGCGUGCAGAGUUUUGUGGACGACAAGUCUGCACAAUACUCCUAUAACCGGCUGAUCGCACCCGGCUUGGAGAUCACUUAUGAUCCGGAGAAGAAUUUGUUCUUGCGCACUAAUUCUGUCAACUGUGUACUGUCGAGAUGA